AUGCUGCCACUUGGACGAGUUCUGCGAGCGGUGGGUAGCUUGCAGCAGUUCCGCUGUCUGUGCAGCAAGGCUUACGGCGAUGCUCUGCCCAGCAGCUGUGAUGUCCUGAUCAUUGGUGGCGGCGGCAUGGGAGCCUCCUCAGCUUUUUGGCUCACGUCCAAGGCACGGCAGCGGGGGAAGAAGCUCAAUGUGCUGGUGGUGGAGCGCGAUCAUGGUUACUCGAAGGCUUCUACUGUGCUCUCGGUGGGCGGAGUACGGCAGCAGUUCUCCCUGGCAGAAAACAUACAAAUGGGACUUUACGGCCACGACUUCAUUAUGAACAGCCAAAAGCAUUUGGGUGACGUCGAUCUCUGUUUCCAGCCGCACGGCUACCUGAUCAUGGCCACCUCCCAAGGAGCAGAGAUCCUCACCCGGAACUCCAAGCUGCAGAACGAAUUGGGGGCCCGGAACAAACUGCUCGGCCCGGAGGCCUUGCGGAAGCAAUUUCCCUGGCUGUGCACGGACAAAAUUGAACUGGGCUGCUACGGCAUUGACAAGGAGGGAUGGUUUGAUCCCUGGGCGCUGCUGAUGGGAUUCAAGAAACAGGCGCGUUCCUUUGGCGCCAAGUUCGCCAACGGAGAAGUGGUGGGCUUCGAGUGGAAUGCAGCUGGGGCUUUGUCAGGAGCAGUGGUGGAUGCUGGCGAUGGUACUCAGCAUACUGUGAAGUUCGACACCUGCGUACUAGCGGCGGGAGCACACUCGGGCCAGGUGGCUAGCCUGGCAAAUAUUGGCAGCACCCAGGCGAAGGAGGCAUCGCUGCGCGUGCCUCUGCCGGUGGAGCCGCGAAAGCGGUAUGUCUAUGUGUUCAGCACGCAGGGCGACAAUGGUCCUGGCUUGGCGACGCCGCUGACCGUAGAUCCCGACGGGACAUACUUCCGACGCGAUGGCUUGGGCGGCAACUUCCUCUGCGGCCGCAGUCCUUGUGAUGAUGAGGAGCCGGACUGUGAUACCUUGGAUGUGGAUCAUGGCUACUUUGACACGGACAUCUGGCCCACCUUGGCAAACCGUGUGCCGUGCUUUGAGGCCGUCAAGGUGCAGAGCAGCUGGGCCGGCUACUACGAGCACAAUACGUUCGAUGCCAAUGGCAUCAUAGGCAGGCAUCCACAUUACAGCAACCUCUUCAUAGCUGCUGGCUUCAGUGGCCAUGGCAUUCAACAGACGCCUGCGGUUGGACGAGCCAUCUCUGAGCUGAUCCUGGAGGGCAGGCUCACCACUCUGGACUUGUCGCGCAUGAGCUUUGAUCGCAUCGUGAAACAGCAGCCCAUGUUCGAGGUCAAUAUAGUCUGAGAGUGGUUGAAUAUUGUUAUCAUUUUCAUUUUUUUGUGUGUAUGUACGUUCUUUUAUUGCAAUUUUCUUGUUGUAUGUAUAUAUGGUAAUUUUUUUUCAUAUAGUAAAGUUCACGUUUGUAGUCACGUAAA